GAUGCGAUUCACGGCUUUCCCUGGCUCGACACUCUUGCUGACCGAGCUGCACAAGUGUCCACUUUGGUCUGCUCGACGCUCAUGGCCGUACUUUAGACGCGUUGAUAGACACCUUGCCACAGUCAUUGCUGAUGCUACGUUGUGCCCUCCAGCGGAGCUUCUCCCUCCAUCGGGUGACAUCGCGCUCAAUGGCCACGUACCGUGACCGCGCUGUGGCCGCUGGCCAAGACUUGCCGGUCGCAGCCGCUGAGGUGUUGGACUAUUGGUUUGGCGCAGACAAGUUUUUCCCCCUUGAUCAAGCGGCGCUCUCUGACGAGCCUAGUGCCUCAGACAUCGAGGCACGCUGUCGUGCUUCUUUCUUUUUUGAUGGUACCUCGCAGUUUGGCCGCUGGUUUGCGAGUAACAAGGUGGUCGACGAGGAAGUUCGGUCCCGCUUUGGUCAAUGUUUAGAGGCACUUGAGACAGACGAUCAGGCCUUGGCUAGCUGGACCGCUUCAGCCAACCCGCGUGGCACCAUCGCGGCCGUUCUCGUCGCAGAUCAGAUGUCGCGCAAUGCCUUUCGCGGUACAGCACGCAGCUUUGCCUUUGAUCGCCUCGCCGUCGGCUGGAUCUCCGACCUGGUCACCAGCGGUGCGUACCGACAGCUUCGUCCCAUUGAGUGCCUGAUUGGCAUGCUGCCGCUCGAACAUAGCGAGGACUUGGACAAGCAUGCCCUCCACGAGCGCAUCAUUCGUGAAGUGUGUAGUCAAUGUCGCGACGCCCUGGACCAGGGUGCUCCUGAGGCUGAGGCCAGCCUCAAGGCAGCUGAGGGCUUCAUCUCGUACCUCAAAGACCACACGGAGGUGCUCCAGCGUUUUGGGCGCUACCCCCAUCGCAACCGCGUUUUGGGUCGCGAGAGUACCCCAGAGGAGCUCGAAUAUCUCAAAGAUGGCAAAUCCUGGGGGCAAUAAAAAAAUAUCCUGUCCAACCCUGUCUCUGGUAUUGCCCCCCUGUUGUUUUGUUGACUCUGACUGUCAGACCCAAGUUUGUCCAUCGCGCACUGAUGAGACAUCUCGAAACAAACCGAAAAAAAAAAUUCAGCAUUUGAUUUG